AGCUGCUGCACUUUGGCGUAAAUUGCAAUCGAUUAGGGAUCGUUUCUCAGACUCAAGUUAGAAGUGAGAGUUCAGAUAAGUGAGGCCGCCAUUGCUGCUUUGAACACCUCAGAAGGGGAGAAUGGAUUUAUCAGGAGUGAAAAAGAAGAGCUUGCUAGGAGUCAAAGAAAAUAAUAAGUCCAGCACUAGGGCUCCUUCUCCUACCAAACGCAAAGACCGCUCUGAUGAGAAGUCCAAGGAUCGCUCUAAAGAUAAGGGGGCCACAAAGGAGUCAAGCGAGAAGGAUAGUGGCAGGGAUAAAACUCGAAUGAGGCGCAGCGCUUCCAGUGGUAGCAGCAGCACCAGGUCUUGGUCCAGCUCUACCUCCAGCUCGGGCUCCAGCGCCAGAACGGGCUCCAGCAGCGGCUCCAGCUCAUCUUCAGCAUCGAGCUGCUCAGGAAGUUCCAGCACAUUCCGCAGCUCCAGCUCCAGCAGCUCCCCUGGCUCUCCGAGUCCUUCUCAGCGCAGGCAGGACAACAGGUGGCAUUCGCGCUCCAAAUCUAAACCACCCAAAAGAGACGGAAAGGAAAGGAAAAGGCGGAGCCCUUCCCCUAAACCUACUAAAGUGCACAUUGGAAGGCUCACCAGGAAUGUGACCAAGGAUCAUAUCAUGGAGAUAUUCUCCACCUACGGGAAAAUUAAAAUGAUUGACAUAACUGUAGACAGGAUGCACCCCCAUCUGGCUAAAGGCUAUGCAUAUGUGGAGUUUGAGAAUCCAGAUGAGGCCGAGAAGGCGCUGAAGCACAUGGACGGAGGACACAUCGAUGGCCAGGAGAUCACUGCCACUGUUGUGCUGGCCCCCUGGCCUCGGCCACCCCCCAGGCGAUUCAGCCCUCCCAGGAGAAUGCUGCCACCGUCUCCCGUGUGGCGCAGGUCACCCCCACGGAUGAGGAGAAGGUCGCGUUCCCCUUGGUGCAGGUCCCCCGUGCGCCGGCGAUCCCAUUCCCCUGGCCGCCGCCACCACAGGAGCUGCUCCAGCUCCAACUCCUCCCGAUAA